UGAGAACUGUCGCGGUAGAGUGGCCUGGGCAGCGCGCCUGGCAAACGGAUUCGACCGAUGCGUCGAUCGCGAUCAGCUGUCUGGAUGGAACUCGUCUGCAAACCGGCUCUAUCGAUUUGUCAAUGUUGGAAUUCUACGAGACAUGCUCUCUGAGGCUUAUAAGCGCCCUAAGGCUGAGGACAGAGACGAACAAGGACGGUUAUUCGCCUCUUUUCCCCUACUGCCAUCUCCCCUCCCAUCUUCCACACGCUAGCACGCUCCACGAUGUGCAGAUUGCGCCAGGUCACCCACAAGUACGCCUUCUGUGGCCACAGAACUGCCCUGCCAGACCAAGAGAUCAAAUGCGACAACCGCCACUGCCGAUUUAGCACCACGCAUGGACCUGGCGACUGUGGUCCUAACUGCAGAUCUACAUGCUGGACCUACCGCGCAUUUCCUGAACAGUACGAGCUGACGAUCCAGAGCUAUUGCCCGGACUGCCAGGCGGCGGGUCGUCGAUGAGGGGGGAGGGGGUCGUUGCAUGUCCGAGAGUUGUGAAGCCUUGCGAUGGCUGGCGCCUGGCGCGGCGGUCGUCAUCCCAAUUUUGUACAGUGAACCUAAUCCUCACCAUCGCACAUCUGUAUAAUUUUCAGCACUCUAUAUCUUUAUAUUCACGACGCAAAUGAAGUGUGCAUGUCGUCGGAUGGGAGAUCGAAGGGGAGCUAGG